CAAACCAAAACCCCUAAAUCAAAAUCAAAACUCUCUCGUCAGUAUCCCUCCCUCCGUUUCUCCGGCGAAAACCCGUCGCCGUUCUCCGGAAAUAAUCCGCACUUAUCUGUGAUUUCGAGUCUAAUCGGACAUUCGACAGAUAAGUGGUAAUCGCUGCAAACUUGAAUAGAUACUGCAAAAAAACUUCAAAGUCACACUGUUUUUGAUUCGGAGUGCGGAUUCUACAAAAAGGACAAUGGCAUCUUUUCCUCAUCCCGGUUCCGUCACCGUUUGCGAGAUCAACAGAGACUUGAUUACGGCUGUGAACUUGUCUGACGAUCGAGCUCAAGAGACGUAUGGAAAAAUUCUCGGAUUGGUGUUUAGCCCUGUUUCGUUCGACUCUGGACCUGGCUCUCUGCAGGAAAACGAAGGCCAGGAGAGUGGAGAUAAGGGAAGUGUUGAGAGAAAAGGACUGGUGGCGAUACUGCAAUCGAUGGUUGCAGACUCUCUUAAACAUAUUUUACGACCCAUCGAUGUAAAUCUUCUGUCAGAGAUUGAUCUUCAAGGAGUGAGCUGGCAUCAGGGGAAGCAUAUUAUUGCCUUUAUAUCCGGUGCAAGUCAAGUCACAAUUCGUGACUACGAGGACAAAGAUGAGAAAGAACCCUGCAUUUUAACAAGUGAUUCUCAGAGAAAUGUUAAAGCCCUUGAGUGGAGGCCAAAUGGCGGGAAAUCACUCUCUGUAGCCUGUCGGGGAGGGAUAUGCAUAUGGACUGCUUCCUACCCAGGUAACAUGGCAUUGGUUAGAGCUGGUGGUUCUUCAUUGAGAGGAAGUCUCUCUCGAGGAUCUGGAACUCGCUGGAUCUUGGUGGACUUUCUUCGGUGUCAAAAUGAUGAGCAAAUUAGUGCUCUCUCUUGGAGCCCAUGUGGAAGAUAUUUGGCAUCAGCUUCAUACGACAGCUCUUCAUUCACCAUAUGGGAUGUUUCUCAAGGGGCGGGGACACCUAUUCGACGGGGACUAGGUGGCAUAUCAAUGCUUAAAUGGUCACCCACAGGGGACUACUUCUUUGCAGCAAGAUUUGAUGGGACCUUUUGCCUUUGGGAAACAAACACAUGGACAUCUGAGCCCUGGUCUUUGUCUACGGGAUCUGGAUCUGUCACGGGAGCAAUAUGGGAUCCUGAAGGACGGUUUAUCUUGAUUUCGUUUUCAAAAUCUUCAACACUGGGUUCUGUUCAUUUCUCAUCCAAGCCACCAUCAUUAGAUGCCCAUCUGUUACCAGUUGAAUUACCAGAGAUAGCUAGUUUGAAUGGCAGCGAGGGAAUCGAGAAGAUAGCAUGGGAUGCAUCUGGGGAACGAUUGGCUGUGUCAUACAAAGGAGGCGAUGACAAUUACAAAGGAUUGAUUGCCAUCUACGACACACGAAGGACGCCUAUUGUUUCAGCAUCACUUGUCGGUUUCAUCAGAGGACCUGGGGAAAACCCAAAAGCUCUUUCCUUUUCAUUCCAUGACAAGUUCAAGCAAGGUCCACUCCUCUCCGUGUGUUGGAGCACCGGAUUUUGUUGCACCUAUCCUCUCAUCUUCCGUUCACAUGUUCUUCCUUAGUAGUAACCAAAUAGUUCGAUGCAAGUUCCAAACUUUUUUGUUUUAUUCAUAGACAGCUCACUCUUUGUAUAAGAAUGGCUCCUUUAAAGAACUCAGUUUGAGAUUAAUCCAAAAAGCAAUGGUUGCAUUUGAAAAGCCAUUAAAAUUGU